AUGGCGGCGACCACUGUAACAGACUUAAGCUCCAUCAGCGCUUAUAAUCGAGGCCCGAUCACGACAGCCUUCAUCCCUCCGACUUCAUGCCUUGCGACGCUCACACUGCCUAGCUCAGGGGGCGAUCUGUUUUUUGGCCAUCAAUUCAUCUCCUAUGUUGAUCUGGCGUGUUAUCCUCAUGGGACUAUAGCUGCUCAAAACUUGGUAACUUGGAGUUCUUGGGAUAUAUUCUACUACAGCCCUGCUAUAUGCCCCUCCGGCUGGACGCAAGCAACCGCUUUCACCUCUGUCAUUCCAGCCUGGCCAGAGACCGUCUCGAUUUCCAUCGAAUCCAACACCAACGUUGCUCUAUGCUGUCCUAGUGGAUACAGCUAUUUGUCCACGGGUUUGGGCCACCAAUGCACCUCUCCCAUAACAAUGAAUCAGGUGAUCCAGUACAUCUUUCCUACCAACAACGGCGCAAACAUUGUACGCGGGAAUGUGUCAACGAGCACGUUUCCAGCGGACGCGACCGCGUGGGGCGAUGGCGUGCCUGUCUGGUGGCAGAGCUCUGAUGACGCGCUGCUUGCGGAAGCUUCUACGAUGACGCCAUCGGGGGCCUCUCCUACGGCUAUUACUACCGGCGUCACGGGCUCUGGUGGCACCGCCGCUCAACCUUCAGCUACGACGUCUAUCCCAUCUUCUACCGCCACUACUAGCGCUAGCUCGACGCCCAAGCCGAGUGGUCUUUCGACUGGUGCGAAGGUCGGGCUUGGUGUUGGGAUACCGCUGGCUAUCAUAGCUGGGUUGGCGCUGGGGUAUCUACUCUUCCGUAGGCGAAGAGGCAGAGGGACAACGGAUGGCGACGCUGCGGAUGUACCGCUGGGAAAGUAUGAACACGAUGCACCUCCUGAGCCGUACUACGAUACCCAACAGCCGCCUAAGCAACCUGCACAUGAGCUCUCUUCGCAACGGGAACCGUAUCAUGGGAUGCAUGAGCUUCCGUCGACGAGGUACCAGUGAACUGGUAAUGGGGAAUCUGGUGUCGGUGAUUUGGUUUAAGAGUAGCUCAGGACAUUUUGGGGACGGGUAAUAGGAUGUAACGAUAAUUAUUG